UGUUUUAACAGACUACAAAACCAACAUCUCCGAUGUGUCCCCUCCUACUCUGCCUCCUCGGGUAAACAAGUAAAGUAUGUAUAUUUCUCGUGAACUUCGCCUCUCUCUUCUCUUUCUCUCUCACUGCAUGGGCACGCCACCUUUGAAAUCAAUGUAUUGAGUAGAAGAAAAAAAACGUAUUGAGUUGGAAUGAAUACAACCUCUUCCACACACAGGCCACAACAUUCCCUUCUCUCUUGCUUCUUCGACCACCCACAAAGCUGAGAACUAAAGGAGAAUUGCAGAAACCCAACUGGUGGUAGUGACGGCAACAACUUGCAGAGGUGACUUUUUCCUUUUGAGUGUUCAUAACGCUGGAGCUGGAGAUGGAUAUGUAUGGACUACCCGCCCCUGAUUUCUUCCACAUCGACGACCUCCUCAACUUCUCCAACGAAGACCUUUUUUCCUCCUCCUCCUCCUCCGCUCCCAUCGCCGUCACCUCCCUCCACAACCGUCACCUCCCUCCAACUGAAACUCCCGCCGGAAAAUUCCCACCACCCACCUCCGUUAAACGCAAUGACUCCUGCUCCAACAACUUCACCGACAGUUUCUGUGUUCCUAGCGAUGACAUUGCGGAGCUAGAAUGGCUGUCGAAGUUUGUGGACGACUCAUUCACCGAAUUUUCCCUGAACGAAAUUGUAGAAACUACUUAUUUUCCGCCGGAAGCGUCAGUUCCAGGCAGGGCGAGAAGCAAGAGAUCCAGGGCGGCGUCAACGCACAAUAGCUGGACCUCCUCGCCUGAGUAUGACAGUCUGGUCACGGGUAAGUAUAAGCAGAUUAAUAGUAUUACUGCACGGAAGAGAGAGAGCUCAUCGUCGGCGGCGGCGACUGCGUCAGUGAUGGUUGGAGAACAAUCGUCACCGUCAUCGCCAGGGGAAGGAGUGCGCAAGUGCAUGCACUGCUCAUCGGAGAAGACACCCCAGUGGCGCACGGGACCACUAGGGCCUAAAACGCUAUGUAACGCGUGCGGCGUUCGUUACAAGUCGGGUCGGCUGGUCCCGGAGUACCGCCCAGCUGCAAGCCCGACAUUUGUGUUGACUCAACACUCUAAUUCACACAGGAAAGUGAUGGAGCUGCGGCGGCAGAAAGAAGUUCUCCGGCAGCAAGAAAGCGGCAACCCCUACCACCACCAUAACCACAACCAGCAGCAGCAGCAGUCACUCUACAAAGUUUGCUGAUGUUGGUUGUGGGUCCCAAAAACUCACUCUACACGUGUCGACGCACCCGUGUUUAGGGUUUCUGUAAUUUUUCUCUCUCCUUAAUUCAUGAAAACAAUCUAUGUGUUGCUGUAUUCCUUAAUUAACUGUUCAGAGACCAGGGUUGAGAGUUGAGACUUGUAGUUAGUUCUCACAAUAAAACACUGAAGCAACGAAGGAAAGAAUCCAAAUUGGAGUUUUUCUUCUUUUAUUA